AUGGCACGCACAUUCCUUCUUUCCACAGCCCUUCUGGCACUUGGCGUCUCGGCGCAAACUUCCUCCAAAUUCACGGACGAGAAGACUGGCAUCACCUUCAGCGGUCUUCACCACUCUUCGGGCUACAGGCUAGGCUAUGCCCUUCCGGAGAAAGCUACUACCGACUUCAUCGUCCAGGUUCAAGCUCCGAUCACUAACGAUGGUGGUUGGGCUGGAUUCAGCUUGGGACAAUCCAUGACUGGCAACUUGCUGGUUGUUGCUUGGCCUCAUGAGGGCGAAGUCAUCGCCUCCUUCAGAGAAGCAACUGGAUACACAAACCCAGCUGUAAAGACUGGUGACUUCACCAUGUCCCCAAUCCCCGACGGAACUUUCGUCAACGACACCGCCUUUUCAUACACCUUCCUGUGCUCGAACUGCAUCAGCGAGGACCCAAAGACCGGUCUCGUCAUCUACGAGGACCCUAGCGUAAACAUCAUGGGCUGGGCCUACUCCAACAAGGCGCUUGCCGACUCUACCGAUGCUGGUGCGGCUCUCAAUUACCACGACGCUGGUUUCGGAGCUUUCGGACUUCCCAUGAGCAACGCUACCAGCCCCGACUUCGAGAAGUGGGCUGCUAUGGCGGUGGCUAGCACCCCUAGCGGAGGCAACUCUACCACACCCGGAGGCAACUCGACCGCGCCAGCCGCCCCAGUUGCUGGAAACACCACAGCCACCGUCGCUAACUCUACAUACGACUACAUCGUUGCCGGAGGUGGUGCUGCUGGUAUCAUCGCAGCCGAGAGGCUUGCAGAGAGCGGUGCGUCCGUCCUCUUGGUCGAACGUGGUGGCCCAUCAUACGCUUUCACUGGUAAGACUGAGGUCAUGCCAUGGAACGACACUGUUUCGAUGUACGAUGUUCCAGGAUACGGUUACUACCUCAGUGAUGUCGGCAGCCCUGCUUACUGCGCCGACACUGCAGACAUGUCUGGCUGCCUCCUGGGUGGUAGCACUGCCAUCAAUGCUAUGAUGUACGUCAAGCCUCAACAGCGUGACUUCGACGACAAGUGGCCUGCUGGCUGGAAGUGGGCUGAUGUCGCCGAGGCGGCCGAUCGUCUGUACGAGCGCAAUCCUGGACAAACUUACGGCUCAGAAGAUGGUAUCCGCUACGACAACGGUGCCUACGAUGUCUUGUCGCAGUUCUUCGCUGGCCAGGGAUGGACCGAGACCGACUUUGUAAAGAACCCUAACGCCAAGGUUGACGUCUACGGCCACCCUACCUGGAACAUCGCCAACGGUCUUCGCUCCGGUGUUGUCAGGACUUACCUUCCCCUUGCCCAAAAGCUCAACAACUUCGAGCUUAUGAUGAAUACCAACGUCGUUCGCGCUGUCCGUGAGGGAUCGGCUAUCUCUGGUAUUGAGGUUGAGACUGCAGACGGCAAGCGCGUUAUCUACAACGUCAAGUCCGGAGGCAGUGUCAUCCUUGCUGCCGGAUCCAUGUCUACUCCCCGUAUCCUCUUCAACUCCGGUAUUGGUCCCGCCGACCAGCUUCAGACUGUUGCCAGCGGCAGCAGCGGUGUUACACUCCCCGAUGAGGCUGACUGGAUCGACCUUCCCGUCGGUGCUGAGAUCAAGGACCACCCUAUCUUCACUGUCAAGUUCAACACCAGCACUCCCCUCUCCGGAACUGACGAGAAGGCUCUCACCAGCCCCAACCAAACCACAAUUGACCUCUUCGCUAAGGGCUCUGGUGAGCUCGCACAGUCCGGUCAACGUCUUAACUGGUGGUCAUCUGUCAACACCACUGACGGCAGCGAAAUUUUCUUCCAGGGUACUUGCAACUCGCCUGCCGACAACACCAUCCAGAUGAAGGUCUACAUUACCCACGGUCUGCAGUCUGUUGGUAGCCUUGGUAUCACUGCUGAUGGCGCCACCACUUUCAUCACCGACCCCCACAUGACCUCUGACGUCGACACUGAGGCCAUCACGAUGAUGAUGGACCGUUUGAUUGCCAUGACACAAGGUGGCAACUCCACCCUGUCUUUGAUUGCUCCUGCUGGUGUUUCCAACGUUACUGGCGCGGACCUUAUCAAGUCUUUCAAGACUGGAAGCCACUACGUCGGUACUGCUAAGAUGGGAACUAAGGGUGAUGCUGGUGUUGUUGUUGACACUGACACCAAGGUCUAUGGUACCGACAACCUGUUCGUCGUCGAUGCUUCCAUUCACCCCGAUCUUCCUACCGGUAACACCCAGGCGAUUGUCAUGGUUGCCGCUGAGGCCGCUGCUGCCCGCAUUCUUGCUCUUGGUGACAGCCCCGCCAGUGGCACUGCUCCCACUGCUUCCACUACCCCUGAGGCCACACCAGAGGCAGCUAGCUCCAGUGUACCAGCUGCGACCCCCGUAGCCCCUGCUGCUUCUUCUGCAGCACCCGUCGGUACCGGCUCGCCUGCGGCCCCAUCUGCUGCGCCUGUAGAAUCUGCGGCACCCGUCGAGUCAGCAGCGCCUGCUGAAUCUGCCUCUCCCGUUGCGUCUUCACCUGCCGGUUCAUCGACCCCCUCAGCACCAGCCGAGUCUGCCCCUGCUACCACCCCAGCGCCCGCUGAGCCUGCCCAGCCUGCCCAACCCAGCACCGCCGGUGCCUACGAACGCUGCGGCGGCAUUGGCUUCACUGGCCCUACUACAUGCGCCAGCGGUUGGAAGUGCGUGGUCCAGAACGACUACUAUUCCCAGUGCCUUCAAUCAACUGACUCCAACCGCGGCCGCUCUGAGCCAGUAUCCCGCCGCCAUGACACCUUGACCAGGCGCGCUAUGGUUGGCCACAAGCCAGUCAGCCCCGUCGUUGUCCACGAGCACAUUCACUCCCGAAAGCUCGGAAGGGCUAGCUUCUUGGACUCUUACCAGUCCUAG